CAAACACAGCCAAACUUUCCACAACGCACUUCUUGCCGCACUUGCGGUCUGCACCAGACACCGAUGCAAGGAAUGAUUGCGGAUUGCCUGACUUCUUCCAAAUAUCUUCCUUGUUAGGCAUAUCGCGGACGCCACCGUCCGCAAUUGCUGAAUCGCGUGUUGUGGCCCUGGCUCAGAGGAAGCUCGGCUUUACCCCACCUCUUAUUGGUAAAGCUUCCCUUGCUUCAAGAUUAACUUUCAUAUCUCAAGCCAGCGUAAAGCACCAGUAGUUCGAGGACAUCAUACCACAAUGUCUCCAUACGCCGUUCAGAAGCUCUGGUACAAUGGCAAGGCCCAAGAUGCUACCUCUGGCAAGACUUUCAAGUCCAUCAACCCCGCCACGGCCAAAUCAGUAGCAGAAGUCCAAGCAGCUUCACAGCUAGAUGUCAACUCUGCCGUAGCUUCAGCGCAAAAUGCAUUCCCUUCAUGGUCACAACAACCUCCUGUUGUCCGUUCUCGAAUACUUCUCAAAGCCGUCGAGCUUCUGCGAUCUCGAAAUGACCAAAUUGCAAAAGUCGAAACUGAUGAUACUGGCAAAGCAUUCUCAGAAACCAGCACAGUCGACGUAGUAACCGGAGCUGAUGUACUGGAAUACUUCGCCAAUCUUGUGGCAAGUGGAGGUCUAAAUGGAGAGACAACACAACUGAGACCGGAUGCGUGGAUCUACACUAAGAAAGAAGCUCUGGGGGUUUGUGCUGGAAUAGGGGCAUGGAAUUACCCAAUUCAAAUUGCGUUGUGGAAGUCCGCGCCGUGCCUGGCAGCAGGGAACUGCAUGGUCUACAAACCUUCAGAAGUUACACCUCUCCAUGGACAAGUGCUGGCGCAAAUCUACACGGAGGCCGGAGUUCCUCCUGGAGUGUUCAAUAUUGUGCAUGGAGAUGGAACUGUUGGUGGAUAUUUGACCUCACAUCCUGGAAUUGCGAAAGUCAGCUUCACCGGGCAGGUCUCGACAGGACAAAAAGUUGCUGCGUCCGCAGCCGGGGGGAUGAAAUAUGUGACCAUGGAGCUAGGAGGCAAGAGUCCACUCAUCAUUCUUCCUGAUGCAGAGAUUGAGAAUGCAGUAAAUGGAGCUAUGAUGGCGAACUUCUAUUCUACAGGCCAAGUCUGCACAAACGGAACCCGAGUUUUCGUACCGAAAAGCAUGAAAGCCGGAUUCGAGAAGAGGCUGCUUGAGGAAGUGCAAUACAUCCGAGCACUAGAACCAAUGGAUCCGAACAGCAACUUUGGUCCUCUCGUCUCCGAAACCCAUUACAAGAAAGUUCUCAGCUACAUCCACUACGGAAUCGAAGUUGACAAGGCCAAGCUUCUAUGUGGAGGUCCUUGGAAACCGAAUAAUAUCCCUGCUGGUUAUGAAAAUGGCUUCUGGGUUCGACCGACAGUCUUCACAGACUGCACCGAUAGCAUGAAAAUUACCAAUGAAGAGAUCUUCGGCCCUGUGCUCUGCAUUCUGACGUAUGAUACAGUGGAUGAGGCCAUUGCUCGAGCAAACAACACAAAGCUUGGUCUUGCAGCAGGUGUAUUUGGGAAGGAUAUGAAUGAAUGCCAUGAAGUGAUCAGCAAGUUAGAGGCUGGCAUCACUUGGAUCAAUACUUGGGGUGAGAGCCCUGCGGAGAUGAGUGUGGGAGGAUGGAAGAUGAGCGGCGUCGGUGUGGAGAACGGACGGAGGGGCUUGUCUGCUUGGGUGAGGGAGAAGAGUACGUUGGUGGAAGGUAGUGGGGUUGUUGGCACGGUGUUCGCGAAGUUAUGACGAUAUGAAGGCCAGUUGCCUAGAAUUUCGCUUGUGUAUGAGAGGGCGUAGAUUUGGAUGGGAAGGCGUUGGAUGCAAGUCUCAGUAGCAAUUCAAUUUUUCAUUCAGGCUGUUCAGAGUAACAUUUUGCUGGGUUCUUACAUUCUGCCCUGCAUUAUUCUGGCACUAUAUGGACCUACCACAUGGGUCCGGGGCAUUCUGUUCAUUCAGAACAUACUCUGCUUUGACAAGUUAACAUUUUCAUACCGUCGCGAGAGAGGAGGAGAUGCAAAAUUGUCUGAAAAACGUCUGAAAAGUUUCUUGAAAAUGACAAUUCGUUUUAUCUACUACACGAUCUUCCUUCGAUAUUCUAUAAUAAUGGAUUUGGGCGAGAGGUCUCGCAAGGAG